AUGCUGACCAAAUUCUUGAAUUUACUGAGGACAUGCUCUUGGAGAAAUGGAGCUGCAGUCGUCACGUCAGCACGCACAUAUGCUGAUUUCGCUCGCCAGGCCACCUUUGAAAUAAAGAGAUGUGACGUCCACCAGCUGGACGAGGCCCCGGCCACGCAGGUGGUUCUGACUCGUGAAGACGGCCUGCACUUCUACCGAACCAUGGAGCUCAUCAGGUGCAUGGAGGCAAAGGUUGAACAGCUCUAUGACCAGAAACUCGUCAGAGGUGGCUGCCACUUGUGCUCUGGCCAGGAAGCUUGUGUAGUUGGUACUGAAGCAGCAGUUAACUUGACCGACCACCUGAUCACCGCCUACCGUGCCCACGGCUUCACCUACACCAGGGGCGGGACUGUGAAAGAAAUCAUGGCCGAGCUCACCGGCCGGAGAGGAGGUAUAGCAAAGGGCAAGGGAGGCUCCAUGCACAUGUACACCAAACACUUCUACGGGGGAAACGGGAUUGUUGGAGCUCAGGUCCCUCUGGGUGCUGGUGUGGCUCUGGCCUGCAAGUACCAGGACAAGAACGAGCUGUGUGUGUGUCUUUAUGGUGACGGUGCAGCCAACCAGGGUCAGGUCUUUGAGACCUUCAACAUGGCAGCUCUUUGGAAGUUGCCUGUCAUCUUCAUCUGUGAGAACAACAAGUACGGCAAAGGCACGGAGGCAAAGCGAGCGGCAGCCAGCACAGACUUCUACAAGAGAGGAGACUUCAUCCCCGGUCUCAGGGUGGACGGGAUGGACGUCCUGUGUGUCAGGGAGGCCACCAGGUUUGCGGCUGAUUACUGCCGAUCAGGGAAGGGUCCCAUCAUUCUGGAGCUUCUGACCUGCCUUUACCAAGGACACUUCAUGGGUGCCCCUGCAAUGAGCUCGAGCAGACGUGAGGAAAUUGAGCGGAUUCAGCGUAACAGUGACCCUGUCGCCACGCUCAAGGACCGGAUGCUCAGCAACAACCUGGCCAAUUUGGAGGAGUUCAAGCACAUUGAUGCGGAACUGAGGAAGGAGGUUGAAGAUGCUGCCCAGUUUGCCGUUACAGACGCUGAGGCCCCUCUGGACGACCUGUGCAACCAUAUCUUCUGUAAUGACCCCCCCCUGGAGGUGCGCGGCACGACGCCCUGGGCCAAGCUGAAGUCUUUUAGCUGAAGUUCAUUCAUCCCCUCUGUCCAUCAU